UAUCUAUUUACCUCUUAAAAGUGUGCUAGAGUGAGUGAAUCAAUUUCUUAUCACUGAUUGCCACGUCGCUAAAUUGUGGCCCCUGACUUUCCCAUCUUCCUCUUCCCCAAUAUGGCAUCCACGACAUCCUCAGUGUUGUGCCGGUCGACACAGAGUGAGCUCCUCGACGCUUUCCUCUCUGGGGGCCAAGCAAACGUGGCAGUUCUCCCACCAGCACUCAUUAUCCACGGACCGUCAUCCACCGGUAAAACCUUCACACUACGUCACUUUCUCACCCUGUCGAGCUUCAAACACACUCUCGUCCAAUGUGAAGAGUGUGUCACCCAACGGCUCUUACUCCAACGAUGCCUCCGGUCUUACAUUGCCGACAGCGGAUCUACCCCACCUACUGAUUUAGACACCUCUUGCGAUAGCUUUUCGAGUUUUAUGGUUUCACUCGAGCAGUUUUCCGUUCACGCUUCCUACACCCAGCCGCAUUUGCUCGUGCUAGACCGGAUUGACCGGUGCAUGGAGCCCCCUACCGACCUAUUUGCACAGUUCGGACGCCUAUAUGAGCAGUGUUCAGUCAAUCUCUGUGUGGUCUUUGUCUACUCGUCUCCUGACCCCAGGACCCUUUUGACUAGCUCCAUCCCGCACGUAUACUUCCCCAGAUACACCCAGGACGAAGUGGUGGAAAUUCUCUCCACUAAGAUGAUUUGCCAGUUCCCCGGUGAAUUCACAAUUACUGAUACCGCUGCUAUGGACUUUUGGGUCAAGUAUGUGAAGAUUGUAGUGGACUCCAUUGCCGCCUACACCGGCACAGACAUCAUCCUCAUUCAGGAGAUCCUCAUGAAAAUAUGGACUCCCUUCAUAGCCCCCCUUGUCUCUGGGCAGUUCAAAAUCAACGAGUUUAUCCGCUUGUUCAGGCAUGGGCUGCACUUGUUUGGGGACUUUGCCAUCGCCGAUGACUUGUUGGAAUCUCACCCGGGUCACCUGCUUCCCAGCAAUAUUCCGCUCCAUUCCAAGUACAUUCUUAUUGCAGCAUAUCUUGCCUCUUUUAAUGAAUCGCGCUACGAUUCUUUAUUCUUCUCCAAGUUGAAGCAUGCUAGAGCUGACCGCCGGUUCGGUGGCCGCAAGGUCAGAGGAAAUUCAAAAGCCGCGGCGAGGAUCAGCAACCGGAUGCUUGCAGCCUCGCCGUUCGACUUGGAGCGCUUGCUCGCAAUUCUCCAUGCCAUCUACCAGGAAAACUACGACGGUAAGCUAGUGGUAAGUUUCGACGAUGAGGGCAAAGGGGAGACGGAAACAUCGUUGGCAUCCGGAGCGUUGGUGAAUACUAUCGAUGUGGAAUCACAAAUCGCCACCUUGAUAUCCUUACGCUUGAUUGUCAAGACGGGCAAUGGGGUACACGGGGAUUUACUUGCCGGAAAGGUCCGGCUUCGGUGCAACGUCGGCUGGAGCUUUAUCGCAGGGUUGGCCAAAGAUAUUGGCAUGGAUGUCGAAGGGUAUAUUCUUGAAUAGGAGACAGAGUAAGAACCUGUCUCUCGAUAAAUUGCGUAUUAUAACUGGUUGA